AGAGAGAGAGAGAGAGAGAGAGAGCUUAUCCUCUGCAUACAAACUACAAACCGUUUUUAUAUAAAAAACAAAAUAAUUCCAGAAUUUUAGUGCAGAUCGGGAAUGCCGCCGUUCUUCACCGCGAAGAAUCCUUUGGAUUUUUAUAUCAGAUUCCGCCAUUUCAUCUGCCUGCCAACCCAGGUAUCGAUCUUCCGACGAUAUGCCUCAAGAUGACCUUAUGGAGCUGCUUCGGCACUACGUCCCAGAAUCUCCCCGUAUCUCCGACGAUAAUCCAUCCCCUCCUCCGCCGGAGCUCGCCGGAGCAGCAGCAGAUCCUCCUCCUCCCGAUCAGAAUCUCUUCAUACACGAGGACGAGAUGGCGUCUUUGCUGCAUUAUCCUCUCCACACUCCGCCGCUGCAGGCGACACCGACCAGUCAGGUUCCCGUGCCGACGCCACCGGUUCCACCGGAGAGCGGGACGGCGAACCUGCCGAGGACUGUACGGAACUUCGCGGACUCCUCCACAUUCAGAUGGAACAGUACCACCGGCGGCGGAGGCGGCGUUGAUUCUGGACAAUCGUCGCUGGUGAUGAGAGCAUCUUCUCCGCUGGCGGCCGGAUACCAUGUGAAGCGGUGGCCGGGAUGCGACGCUGCGGCGGCGUUGUACGAGAUCUCCGGGACAUCGUCUUCGAAGGGCGAGGCGGAGAAGUCUUUCUCAGGGACGGAGAUUGCCGGAGAUCGGAAGCGGAGGGGGAGAGAAGCCAUUGACGGAAGCGAGUGCCGGAGCGAGGAAACGAAACAAGCUUCUGGAUCAACUUCCAAGAGAAGGUGUCGAUCCGCAGAAGUUCAUAAUCUUGCUGAAAGGAAACGGAGGGGUAACAUCAACGACAAGCUGAGGGCUCUGAAGGAAGUUAUGCCGCACUGCAACAAGUCGGAUAAAGCUUCGGUAUUGGAUGAAGCUGUCGAGUACACGAAAUAUCUUCAGCUGCAACUGCAGAUGAUGUCAAUGGGAUAUCAUGGUAUGCAGCACAUGGCAAUGGGCAUGAAUCCGUCCAUGCCAGCCAUGUCUCAUAACCAUAUGGGUGGCCCACCAUUCCCAACCUCACCCUUCCCUGUCCCGUCCAGAGUUCAUAUACCGAGCCAGCAGGCAGACCCGGCGGUGCAAUCACUCCAGCCGCCGUGGCAGCAGCCCUUCCCGAGUUUCUUUGAACCAUAUCAGCAGCAGUUUCCUGGUCUCGACCCUAUGCAAGCGUCCAUGUUGCAGAGUCAAGAAACAGAGCAAGCCAGUUCCAGUGGUAGUAGCAAGUAACCCGAGGAGGAUCAAGAGAACCCGCUGUCAGAUUUGCAGGGCAUUUCAGGUUGACGUUUGGAACAGAGUCAACGCAAGAUGAGAGAGACAGAGAAGGGGAGAGAGAGAGAGAGAGAGAGCUAGCAGCAGCUUUCUUUUUCCUUGUUUUUAACUUUUGCCAUGUUCUUGUUGUUGGAGCUCCCGCUUCACGGGAUGUUAUAUCAGAUUUUAGAUUUUCGUUUACACGACA